AGUCCGCAUGAACAAGUCAGUUAUGGGCGGGCACUGAGAGAAGGCAUUGUUCGUAUGGACCUCUUACUUGAAAGUAGAAAUCUUGAAAAGUCUUGGAGACCGGCAUCUUCAGAAAGGCAAAAUCAGUAAAGAUUCGGCAGAGUUUGACAAGGCUGCCGCCCUGUAUGCUGCUGCCCUACUGUGCUGCAAAGAUCCAGACAUGGGACAAACACUGGAACAUCGUAUCGGCUACAUGGAGAAACUCUCCAGACAACUGCUGCAGGGGUACACACCACACUUCCGGUGGUUGUUACCAGGCUACUGGGGUACUGCUGACAGUAAUGUCUUAAGGGUGGCAGAAACUUGUGACAAAUUAGACAGAAGUAACAAAAAAUCCCAACAUUCCACUGAGGAGACUUAUACAAAAACAUUUAAUAUUAAGUGACCGCAAUUGAAAAUAGCGACAUGUUCUUGGAAGUUGAGGUUUUGAAAUCUCUUGGAGAUUUUUAUCUUGAGAAAGGCAAGAAAACCUCUGAUGUAUCACAGUUCACCAAGGCAGCUGCCAUGUAUAAGAAAGCCCUGACAAGAUGUGAGGAUCCCGGGACAAAACCGACUCUGCACCAUCGCAUACAAUAUGCAGAAAAGAUCAGGGAAGCAGUAAGAAUGCAGCCAAUAUCAAAUGAAUCUAAACAAAGAGAAAGAAGAUCAUCCACAGGACAGCAGUGUGGGGACAGAAAACCUCAUGUAUCAAAGGACAAUAACCUCCAUCACAACAUACCAAGUGAUGCUGCAGGAGAGAGUGAUUCAGAAGUCAAAGACAUCAGUACCACAACACUGGAGGAGGAUGACUUAACAUAUGAAGACCAUCUGCAGGAAGGUUCCAUUGCACUGCAGACAGGGGACCUGGACAAGGCAGAAAAAAACUUCGCAGCUGCACUCAAGUCUGUUCAUGUCAAAUGUCAAUACAGGCCUGGGGAAGAGGCAGAGCCCCUGUACAGGUUAGGUGAAGUCUACCUGAAGAGAGGAAUCAAGUCAAAAGAUGGAGGUGAUUUCACCAAGGCUGCAGCACUCUGUAAUGCAGCACUGGUACGAUCAAAAAGGGAGGACAUAGAGGAGGCAAUUCAGGACAUAACACAAUCAUUUGUUAAACAUGUGCUGAAUAUUGAACAAACUGCAGACAUUGAUGAUACAGAGAAACACAAGUUGAUGUUAAAGAAGGACAGAGACUAUGCUGAAGGAGAAAUCAAAAGGAUCGAUGAGGAAAUAGAUCCUUAUAGCCUUGAUGAAGAUGACCCAGCUUUAAGAGAAGUUGAGAAGGAGAGAGUGGAAGCAAUUAAAACACUGUUUGAGACUAUUGUUGACCAAACAAAAACAUUCAUAGCUGGACUUGUAGAUGAAUGCAUAGAGGUAAUGGGCCCCCCUCUCUGUAAGUAUGCCAUGAUAGGCCUGGGUUCACAAGCUACAGGGUUGGUAACUCCAUACUCUGAUCUGGAAUUUGCCAUUUUGAUAGAGGCGGAAACCAAGCACAAUGCGGAGUAUUUCCGCAACCUCACCCAGUACCUGCACCUCAAAGUGAUCAACCUGGGAGAAACCAUUCCCCCAGCCAUGGGGAUUAAGUCUCUAAAUAAUUUUUUCUCAGAUGACCCACUAGAAGACUGGUACUACGACUCUGUAACACCACGUGGGUUUUCGUUUGAUGGAGCCAUGCCAAAUGCAUGUAAGACUCCACUGGGCAGAGGUAGGAACAACACAGAGACAAAUGAACUUAUCCACACACCAAGCAAUAUGACCAGCAUUCUGAAAGAUGACUUUUGGUUCCAUUUAAAGAAAGGCUACCAUCUUGCUAGUAUCCUGGGAAAUGUGUCGUUGAUCACAGGGGAACAGGGCUUGGUGGAUGAGUACAUGUCUCUUUGUGCCCAGCAACUUCAAGAAAAUGAUGGAACCAUACCUUUGGUAUUGGCAAAUGCUGAUCUGAGUGAGCAUGCACAGAUGUUUGAAAUAAAACACCUAACUGCCAGGUUGUUGAAUGUAAAGAAAGAGAUGUAUCGAUUUUCAAGCCUUGCAGUGUCCUCCUGGGCGCUACUUCAUAACAUACAACUGACCACAAUCUGGGAGACUAUCCAGAAGCUGGAAGAUAAAGGUGUCAUCAAUAGUGAGAAUGCACAUCACUUGAUGGUGAUGGUCAGUAUCUCAGCAGAACUGAGGCUGCGUACAUACAUGAACAAUCAUGGUCAGGUGGAAAAGAUGUCGGCCUUAUCGUCAAUGUCGACCAGUACAGGCAUUGAGGAGAAACUAAAGAAAGUGUUUCACAUCUCAAAUACAAAGCAGCUUAUGAGAUACUAUUGCACAGAAAGGCCAUUGAAGCAAUUUAUUUCACAGUUGACCAACAGUCAACCAGCAAAAGAGCCUUCAAAACUCUUUGACCUUUCUUUUAGACUGAAAGCAGAGGUAUAUGAAAGUCUGUGUGAUUACCAAAAUUCUAAGGCAUGCAGGGAGCAAACACUACAAAAUAAUCUAUCAGAAUAUGGCAAAGACAUUUCACAUCCUGACAUUGCCUCCUCGCUUUCCAAACUGGGUACUGCCUGGAAUCUCCUUGGUGAUUACAGAAAGGCUGUAAGCUAUCAUGAGCAGUCAUUACAAAUGAGGCAAAGUAUCUAUGGUGAGGACACUGCACAUCCUAACAUUGCUGCAUCAUUUACAAACUUGGGCGUUGACUGGAAUAACCUUGGUAAUUACAGAAAGUCAAUCAGUUAUCAUGAAAAGUCACUGCAGAUGAAAAGGGAUAUCUAUGGUGAAGAAACUGCACAUCCUGACAUUGCUAGCUCACUUUACUAUUUGGGUAAUGGCUGGGGAAACCUUGGUGAUCACAGAAAAGCUAUCAACUGUUAUGAACAGUCACUACAGAUGAAGCGGAGUGUCUAUGGUGAAGACACUGCACAUCCAGACAUUGCCGCCCCACUAAACAACUUGGGUACUAUCUGGAGUGAUCUUGGUAAUUACAGAAGGGCAAUCAGUUAUUAUGAGCAAUCGCUGAAGAUGGAGUGGAGCAGCUAUGGUGAGGACACUGCACAUCCCAUCAUUGCCGCCACACUUAACAGCUUGGCUGAUGCCUGGCGGAACUUUGGAGAUCACAGAAAGGCAAUCAGCUACUACGAACAGUCACUACAGAUGCAGAGGAUUAUCUAUGGCAAGAACACUGCACAUCCUGACAUUGCAGACUCCAUUAACAACUUGGGUGCUGCAUGGAUCAUCCUUUGUGAUUACAAAAAGGCAAUUGAUUACCUUGAAGAGUCACUACAGAUGAAGCAGGAUAUCUAUGGUAAGGGAACUGUACAUCCUGACAUUGCGACUUCACUCAAUGACUUGGGUGCCGCAUGCAGUGACCUUGGUGAUCACAGAAAGGCAAUUACUUACUUUGAACAGUCACUCCAGAUGAGGCAGAGCAUCUAUGGUGAGGACAUUGCACACCCUGACACUGCCGCCUCACUGAACAACUUGGGUAUGAGCUGGAGUGAUCUUGGUGAUCACAGAAAGGCAAUCAGCUAUUAUGAACAGUCACUAAAAAUGGAGCAGACUAUCUAUGGCAAAAACACUGCACAUCCUGGCAUUGCCAAUACACUUAACAACUUGGGUACCCUCUGUAGCAUCCUUGGUGAGCACAGGAUGGCCAUCAACUAUUGUGAACAGUCACUACGGAUGAUGCUGUCCAUCUAUGGUGAGGACACUGCACAUCCUGACAUAGCAGAUGUACUUAACAAUCUGUGUGUUGCCUGGAGAGACCUUGGCAACUUCUCAAAAGCCAAUUUCUAUUUUGAGCUUGAAGAAAAGAUGAAUCAGAGAUUGAGUACUAAUUAGACCUAAAAUUCCCCAUCUUUAGAAUCAACUACUAGUAGAUAUUACAUAAUUGACUGUCUCUCUUACGCUCACAAUGUGCAGUGGUUUAUGCACCUCUCACUACAUCUGGUUCAAAUUCCCUGGCCGAGUUUGCGCCCAGGACACGACUAAAAAGAGUCACAUCUUCCUUUCGGAGGGGUACUUUAAGCCAGCAGCCUCGUUUAUGAGGGUGCUUUAGAGCGCCAAACCUGUGCAUGUAAAAGGAAACUAACAUGCUUAUUGAGUAGGGGUGCCCUGGUGUGCUUGGCCAAAAAUUCAUGAUCUGAAGCAAAGCCACAUUGCACUAAUAGCCCAGUCUGAGGUUUGACUACUUGACCUUUAUCUCUGUUACAGAGUAAUCUAUUUUGCUUAACAUAUCAUUUGUAAAGGUAUCAAAUGGUAUGCCUGAAAAAUCAGUUUCAUUUACUGUAACAAUAGUGUCACUGUGUUAGAUUAUAGAAUAUAGUGUCUUUAACUAUUAGCUUCAUUUCACUGUGAUUUGCUUGCUGUACUGAGAAAUUGAAUAAUGAUUGUAAUUAACAUAUUUAUCCUCCAUGAUUUGCAAAUCAAAUUUUAACUGUAUUUACACUGUCUUGUAUAUGAUUGUAGUAAUCAUUACCUGCAAGUGGUACUCCUUUUUUGUGACCACUUGCAAAAUUCUGUCACAUGAAAUAUUGCUGGGGCAAUAUUAUACAUUAUCAUAUAGCCAGAUGGAGUUGACCAAUCAGAGGCCCCCAUUUCCUAUGGGUUAUCAGGCAGUAACCUGAAAAGUGGGCGGUUAUUAGAAUAAAUAACCGUUAAUGUUAAGUAUUUAUCGAUUAUAUCUUUUAAACAGCGUAUUGUACUUUAUUUCGAACAAUUUAUGUUAAACUACAACACAAUUAAAAAGAUAUAAUUGGUUUUUAAAUAGAAAAAGGUUAAACAUGAUUUUCAACACCCCCACUAAACAAACCCGAUGGUCAAAUUUGACUUCUAUUCGGGGUAUUAGAACACGAAUCUUGUUCGAUCUGACGUGAUCGAACAGAACGGGCGUUCUAUCGGGGGUCACCCGCGGUCAUCCGCAGGUUGUUACAGUAAACACGCAGAAAACGCCCUGUGUCAGUUGGAUAGGCUAUAUGUGUCAGUUGAAUAGGCUAUAUGAUAAUAACGUU